AUUUAUUUUUAAAAGAAAAAAAAAACCAACAGCGGGAUGCAUGAAAGAUGCUUUAGAAAGUCAAUUUUUUUUCUUAACUGUGUUGGUUGAUUACAAUGGAAAAUUUAACUACCGAACAGAAGCUGAAGGCGACGGUCAUCUACGACGUGCGGAAGGUGUGCUCCGAGGCGCUGCAGGGCUCCGGCUUCACGGCUGAUCGGGAGCUGAAGGAUCUUGUCGCCGAGCUGGUGUGGAAGAAGCUGCAGAUCAUGGCCCAGGACCUGGAGCUGUUUGCGAAACAUGGCAAGCGGUUGAAAGUGAACGCAGAUGACGUGAAGCUUGCACUGAGAGGUCUGCCAUCGUUAAAAGCAACCAUAACCCAAAUGGCUGAUGAACAUGUGAAGAAGAAGCAGCAGCAGUCAAAUCCUGCUCCAGAAACAUCAAAGGAAAUUGAGAAAUCUGAAAUUAAUAAGGAUGUUGUAACACUUGAUUGAAUAUAAGUCAUUGAAUAAUGUU